GUAGCCAUUGGUAGCCUCUCUAUUGAACAGUCCUAUUUAAUCGGCAGCCUUACUAAUGUACUCUUACUUAGUUCAAUUUGGCUGGCCCCCUUUAGGCCCCAAGGGGCCCCUCAGACCACGGUGCCGUUUAUCCUUCGACCGAAGGGGCACCUUCUUAGUCUUAUCCUCUCCCCUCGAAACCAAUCAGCAAAAGGAAUGUCUCAAACGAGAGCCUUGGAUAUCGGGACUCUAUAUCUUAUAUUCGCUCUGUUUGCAGGGGGAACAUCAGUUAUACAACGUAAUUGUUACGGCCCAUGCCUUCCUAAUGAUAUUCUUCCUUGUAAUGCCGGCGUUAAUCGGGGGCUUCGGAAACCUGUUUGUUCCGAUUCUAAUCGGGGCUCCAGACAUGGCAGCCCAUUCUUAAGAAAAGCUGGGACAAAAGUAGAUGAGGCUCCUUAG